CCCUUAAACAACCCCCUCUCUCUUUUUAUCUGUUUCACCUUUUACUUUCUCUCUCUACAAAAAAAAUUUAAAGAGAGAGAAAGCAUCAUCAUUAUCACCAUCACGUCAUCGGAGAAACCAGAAAUUCAUAGAAUGGAGAAAAAUGGUAAUGGUGUGAGUGGAAAGAGAUUUGGGGUGUUGUUAUGUGCUGAUGAUUCAGACUAUGUGAAGAAAAUGUACGGAGGGUAUUUUGGGGUUUUCGUGAAGAUGUUGGAGGAAGACGGUGAGAUUUGGGACGUGUACAAGGUGGCGCGUGGAGAGUUUCCUAAGGAAGAAGAAUUGGCUCUUUACGAUGGUUUUGUUAUCACUGGCAGUUGCAGUGAUGCACAUGGAAAUGACACAUGGGUCUGUAAACUCCUCAAUCUGCUUAAGAAAUUGAACAACAUGAACAAAAAAAUCCUCGGCAUUUGCUUCGGUCAUCAGAUACUUGGUCGUGCUUUGGGAGGAAAGGUGACUCGGUCACCAACUGGCUGGGACCUUGGUGUCCGAAAAGUAACACUGUCAUCUUCAUUGCCAUCAUCUUUGUCUUCUCUUCAACUUCCUUCAAGACUCUCCAUUAUUGAGUGUCACAGGGAUGAGAUUCGAGAGCUACCUGCCAAGGCUGAAGUGAUUGCUAAGUCAGACAAGACUGGAAUUGAGAUGUUUAGAUAUGGAGAUCAUAUCAUGGGAAUUCAAGGGCACCCUGAGUAUUCUAAAGACAUUCUUUUCAAUAUUAUCGACCGUCUUAUUCAACGAAAUUUCAUCACGGAAAAUUUGGCUGUGAAAGCAAAGGAAAAGGCUGGAAUGUGGGAGCCAGAUAGGGAGGCAUGGAAGAAACUGUGCAUUACUUUUCUUAAGGGUCGUUAUUGUGAGAGAAAUGGUGUAGAAAAAAUCAGUAUUGGUGGUAUAUUAUGAAGUAGAAGAUAAUUAACUACUAUAGGUGUGGCACAUGCACCAGCUAGUAAGAUGCAUGUGUUGGUUUGGUAACAUUAAUUAGUGAUAGAACUAUAGGUGCAGUUUAUGCACCUUAAUUUGUAAAUAUUUAAUUUAAAUGUUAAUGAAAAAGCUUUUA